CAGUAAAGAACGUUUCUGACGUCAUAAUCAGGCUUGAUAAAUGAAGUCUAGUUGCUGUUAUACUUUAUUGCAAGGCUAACGUAGAUAAUACGUACGCCUAACUGAAACACACGAACGAACUACAGUUUGCGCACGAAUCCAUUGGCUGCACACGAAAGCGUCGUCUGCACACGUUACUUGUUUACAAAUAGUUCGUCCGUGACCCUUCCGCGAUCAAUACUACCACAACCAAGCGAACCAACAGAGAUGGCAGACGCUAAAGCCGACUGUAAAGGACACGGUGGAGAGAAAUGCACGUGUGGACCGGGCUGUACGUGUCCGAAAUGCAAAAAGGCCUGCAAAUGUGGAGAUACCUGCAGCUGUGGUGUAGGCUGCACUAAAUCCAGUGACUGCAAGUGCAAAGAAGACUGCUCGUGCAAAACAAACUGCACGAAAGAAUGCCUGGGUAAGUCAUGUGAAUGCGGAGAGAGCUGCAAAUGUGGACCAGGCUGUGAAUGUCCAACUUGCAAGAAAGCCUGCAAAUGUUCAGGGUCAUGCACCUGUGGAGCCGGGUGUACCGGUGUGGACUCGUGUAAAUGUGCGAAUAGCUGCCCGUGCAAAUAACGUCGCAACCACAGCAAGCUCAAAGUCCAUUGACAAAAACCAGAUGAUUAUCAGCUUUGUUGCCUCUCAUUAGUAUUGUUGUCGCAGAAGUUUACACAUUUUUUCUUUUGUUUUGCUAUACCACAAAUACCAUUUGUUAUGUAGUGGCUUAUUGAUAAUGAACUGCUUGAUCAAAAUUGUGUGCUUAUAUUUGUUGUGAAAAAUAGACAUUCCAUUUAUGAAAUGUACUGACAAGGAAACUUUAUUUCAAAUUUUGUUUUAAUUAUUAAAUUUACACUGAAAAGAUUUUCUUGAAAGAUAAAUUUUUAGAGCUUUUCUUUUAAUGAUUAAUUUCAUAUUCAAAGACUUAAUGUGUGUUAAUGAUUAUUUUACAAUGACGGUUUUAAGACCAAUUGUUUAGAUCCUACAUUUGUUUUGCAAAACUUUAAAACCAACUUAUUAGAAUAAAUAUUCAAUACAUUUGUGUAUUUGUCACAUUUCAAUAACUGGUUGUAGAUUGUGGCAUUGCCAACUGUCGAUAUUUACUUCUUGUAAACAAUUACUGUGUCAUUUGUGAUGUUUUCUGAAUAAUUUAUUUCAAAUAAUGAAAGGCAUUGCUGCUCAAUAGAUUUCUCAA